AGAACCGAUCGGGUGAAUGGCAUCGAUCUCACCACAGACACAAACAGCCUUACUUUACGGCACAAUCUCAACUCUUAUUGUUUCUUUGCUCUCACUUUCUGGUGCAUUUCUCGUUCCACUAUUGAAGGGGAAGGCCAAACACAGAUGGAUGCACUUUUUUGUAGCUAUGGCCGUAUCCACUCUUAGCUCUGAUGCCAUUCUGCAUGUUAUUCCAGAGCUAACAAACGCCCAUGUUCACCACCACGUUGGUCAUGAGCUUGGUCACGAGCACGGCCAUGAACAUCACCUUGAACAUACUGAUCACUCUGUCACUCAGCUUCAAAACAACACACAGGAAACGAUAAAUCUGUCCCUCGAGCACGAACAUGAUCCUGACCACGAUGAACAUCACCAUGACCAUGAUGAUCACCACGACCAUGAUGACCACGUGCAUCAAAAUGAAACAGUCGGCUCCGAUAUUCCACAUUGGUUAGCUAUAACAUCGGAGCGGAGAGUGCUCUUGAGACUGUCAGCUAUUUUACUUCUCAUCUAUUUCUUGUAUUUUCUCGAAUUUGUGUGCUAUUACCGGAAGUAUCACCAUGUCUCGCAAAGCAAACCCAUCACUUCCAAUCCUAGAGAGGCUAUAAUAACGCAGUGUAACGAAACUCUCACCAACCACGCUUAUGCGUGUCCUGCGCCAAGCAACGAAGCGCUCGUCACACCCAAAAGUGCGUCGGAUAGUGACUCGAUCAAUGACGUCAGUGACAGAACGGUCGUCUGCUGGGGACUGACGUCUCGAGCUUGUGUCAUUCUCUUUGGUGACGGGCUACACAAUUUUGUGGAUGGAAUUGCUAUAGGAGCUUCAUUCACAUCCUCGCUUCGGCUUGGCGUUGUGACAACGAUUGCCGUGGUCUGUCAUGAGCUGCCGCAUGAACUUGGAGAUUUGGCUGUGCUUCUUGAUUCUGGACUUUCCAUGGCGAAAGCACUAAUUCUGAACCUUAUCUCCGCACUAACAGCCUUUAUAGGCCUCUAUGUUAGUAUUGCUUUCGGAGAGUGGAAAGAAACGCAGAUGUGGUUGUUAGCUAUCAGUUGUGGCAUGUUCAUCUACGUUGCAUGGAUUGACAUGCUAGCGCAUUUGAAACAUGACGGAGUACAUAUGGACCACUGGAUGAUGUCAGUUUUCUUGCAAUAUUCUGGAUUCGUUGUGGGCUUUCUUUCUUUAUUCUUACUGGGCUGGUUCGAACAUGAUCUAUUUGAAUUAGAUUGAUUCAACUCUUGAUUAUUUUUUGAAAUUUGACGCAUUGCUGCAGCAAGGAUGAAAUACAUCAAACGGGGCUGUAUUAUCGAAUUUUAUUUUUAUGUUGAUGUGCCUUGAUUCUCUGGUAGUUUUGAUUCAUCAAAUUCUGUAUACUAUGUAUGCAUCAUGUCUC